UACCCAUUCCAUAAACAGUGAAGCAAGCCGGAGAACUUUUAUACCAAUCCACCAAAUAAAAUUUUAUAAAUAUAAAGAAUAUGUAUAUGUAUGUAAGUACAAGACUCGACUUUUAUUCCCCUCUGUAUUCUAAACUACUAGAGAACAAUAUAUAUUAAAAAACAAUAAACAAAACGAAAUAAAUAAACUCCACAUUAAAUCCAUGGAAAAAGAAAUCUCUCGUAUGAAUCCUCCAUCUUCUAGAUGAAUAUAUGUGACCCUGUGAAUGAAUCCAUUGCUGAAAUCUCUAGUUCUUCAUGAGCGUAAGCAAAGACAAGAAUAGCGAAGAGCACAAAAUAACUACAGAGACCAGUAAAGAAUACCCAGAACCAUGGUCCAUCGCUGGUGCCUGUGCUGGAGAAAAAUCUGAUGCUGGCGCCGGAGCAAAAUCUUGUGCCGCCGCUACGGUGGAGAGGACUGCAAUGACACAGAGCAUAGCACAAGUGAAUGUGGCUCCUAGCCCCAUUGCAGACAUAUUAGCAAUGGAGAGCGAGAAUAGGAUUUUCUGCAGAGAGAAAGCAAGAAGAACUGAGAGAGUGGUGGCGGUGAUUUGGAGAGGGGGGGAAGAUAGCCACCCCUAUCUCCUCAAGGCUGCACACACACAAAGGCAGGAUUCGGUAACCAAUCUCUCGUUUCUUGAGUUUAUUUGCCGAUCACCGCCUUCGUUUGCCAAGGAAAUGAAGAAGAUCGCAUGUGCAGCCCUCGUCGUCGCCGCUGCCUCCAUGAGCGCGGCCAUGGCUGUCGAAGCUCCAAGCAUGGCUCCCGCACAGUCCAGUGACGCCGCCGCCAUGCCGGCUGCCGUGUCUGUAGUUGGGGCCUCUAUCUUGUCCUUCUUCGCUCUCUUCAUGCACUAA